GUGGUUCUCCCCCCCUUUUUGAUGUUUUCCUUUCCAUAUAUGCCACAAACCGGUCGAAGGCGUCGCCGGAAGCCAUCUUCUCGCUCGCCACCGCGUAUCAGCGAGUGGUCCGAGAUUUAGGGUCAGGGUUGGGGCUUCGAUCGCCGGAUCCCUCGCCCACGCUGCCGGGGCGAUGCCGUUGUGGAAGGACAAGGUGGCGGGGAAGCUGUCCCGGCUCCUCGCCGAAACCCCCUCGGCCCCUUCCCCUCGGCACGUGGAUUCCGCCGUCGCUCCGCCGGAGCCGCAGGAAAUUGGUUCACAAGAAUUUGUUUCUCCAAAGAGAUCUUCUUUCUUUUCACGCGUUUUAUCUCUUCUGAACCCAGCAAGUUGUGGUAUCGAUGCAAGUGAGCGAAAAUCACCUACUAAUUCAUAUGGUGGCAGUUCGUCAUCACGGAGAAGACGGAAAUUAAAAUUUUUUGCACAGAAAGAUAGAUCACCUAAUUUUCUUGAGGAAAGUGUACCACGAAGUGAGAGUGAUGCAGUAUCUGAGGGUUCAAAGAGAAACAUGGACCAUUUCUCUGACAAUCCCAAUGGCUCUCACAUACUUGACAAAGCUUCUACAUCACAUGACUCUGCUGAAUAUCUUUGUUAUCUCACAGACAAGUCUGUAUUCAUGUCUGCCAUCCUUUUUGAGUUUUUUGGGUCAUGUUUGCCUAAUAUUGUGAAGGGGUGCCAAUGGAUUCUUUUGUAUAGCACAUGGAAACAUGGAAUAUCACUUCACACGCUUCUUCGUAACAGUAUUAACCUUCCAGGUCCAUGUCUUUUGAUUGUUGGAGAUAUGCAAGGUGCUGUAUUUGGUGGCUUUUUUGAUGGCCCUUUAAAGCCUGCACCUAAAAUGAAGUACCAAGGCACAACUCAAACCUUUGUGUUCACUACAAUUUAUGGGGAACCAAGGCUUUUCAGAGCAACUGGUGCAAAUAGAUACUACUACUUGUGCUUGAAUGAUGUACUGGCAUUUGGUGGGGGUGGAGGCUUUGCAUUGUCCCUUGACGAAGAUUUGUUACAUGGAAUUAGUGGCCCAUGUGAAACAUUUGGAAACUUAUGCUUGGCUCAUAGUCCAGAAUUCGAAUUGAAGAAUGUUGAGUUGUGGGGUUUCGCUCAUUCAUCUCAAUAUCUCACCUAAGUGGCGUCAAAGAUGCUAAUUUUCUGUUAAUUAUUUAUUUAAUUUCUUCUAUUGAGAAGAAAUACAUUAUUGAAUUAAUACCUCUGUUCUACAUGAUAUGGUGUGCGUCUCCCAAACUGUUUCCUGUAACAUGAAGUUUGUACUUUUUGCUCCAUUAUUUUGUUGGAUCUGAGAUGACAUGUAUCGAGUGUCUUUGUACAAUGAUUAUUCGGAGAAUCACGCAGA